AUGAUGUCUCUCCCCAGCAUGGACCGACCAGAAGUCGAAGUCUUCCACUACAGAGACAAAGAGCAGUCGUCCAAUCUGCUUCUGCAGCUUAACAGACUGAGACAGGAGAAGGUCCUGACUGAUGUGCUACUCUGUUCAGACAACACAGAGAUCCCAUGCCACCGUAAUGUACUGGCUUCCAGCAGCCCUUACUUCAAAGCCAUGUUCUGCAGCAACUUUGUGGAGAGCCAGCAGACCAAGAUCAAACUAAACAGCAUCACAUCAGCCAUCCUGAGUAGUAUCAUUGAUUAUGUUUAUACUGGACUCAUUAGUAUCACUAUGGACAUUGUGCUGCCUCUGAUGCAAGCAGCAUCCAUGUUGCAAUAUGGUCACCUUUUUGAGGCCUGCUCUAGUUUUCUCCAGGAGCAGCUGAGCCCAGACAACUGUUUGAGCAUGAUGAGACUGUCUGACAUCAUGAAUUGCAGCAGUUUGAAAUGCAGAGCAAAGGAAAUGGCGAUGAAAAGCUUUUCCGAUGUGUCGGCGUCCGAGGAUCUGUGUGAGCUCUCCUUACCAGAGCUCAUGGGAUAUCUACAGGAUGAUAGCCUUUGUGCAGAGGAGGAGCAGGUCUUUGAGACACUUGUCGCUUGGAUUCACCAUGAUCCUUUAACCAGGCGAGGUGCCAUCAGUGAUCUUUUCAAGAAAGUUCGCCUUCGACAUAUCCACCCUACCUACCUCUUCCGGUUCAUAGCCAACAACCCCCUGAUCCAGUCCUCCACUCUCUGCACUGAGCUCAUUGACUCUGUGAGACGACUCAUGUUUUCUGUCAGCACAACAUGCACCGGAGACACAGCAGUAGACUUCAGACCUCUCUGGGUUGCACCGAGGCGCUACACCUACCAUGACAUGUUGGUGGUGGUCGGAGGAAGAAAGAACAAUGAGCUAACAUCAAGGGACGCCCUGAUCUUUGAUGAGAACAAUCAGAAGUGGCAGUGGCUCGCCAAGCUGCCCAACCGUCUGUACAAAGCCUCCUACGUCGCCCUUCACAGCGUCAUGUAUGUUAUCGGAGGGCUGACCACAAACACAAGGCACAGUCAAGUUAACACAACCGUCUAUGCCCUCUCCCUCAAGACCAACCAGUGGUGGACAGCAGAGCCCAUGCUAGAGCCACGCUUUGCACACCAGAGCAUCUCCUACCUCCACUUCAUCUUUGUCCUGGGCGGCCUUGGACAUGACAGACAGAUGACAGCAAGCGUGGAGAGGUAUAACAGUAUGUUUAACCAGUGGGAGUCUGUGGCACCAAUGCCGGAGGCUGUGCUGCACCCAGCAGUGGCAGCUACUAAUCAGAGAAUCUAUGUGUUUGGAGGAGAGGAUACCCUGCAGAACCCUGUCAGAAUAAUACAGGUAUAUCAUAUCACCAGGAACAUGUGGUCUAAGAUGGAGAACAGGACAGUGAAGAACGUGUCUGCUCCAGCAGUCAUUAUGGAUGAUAAGAUCUACAUCAUUGGAGGAUAUACCAGGAGAUUGAUGGCAUAUGAUGUCAAGGCCAACCAGUUCAUGAAGUGUGCCAACCUGAAGGACAGGAGGAUGCACCACUCUGCCACAGUUCUCAAUAACAAACUCUACGUCACAGGUGGACGUUAUAUCAUUGGCCAUGACAUCAUCGAGGACUCUGACAAUUUCGAGUGCUAUGACCCAAAGACAGAUACAUGGACAUCUAAGGGGACUCUGCCAUAUAAACUGUUUGACCAUGGCUCCCUGACUCUGACAUGUGUCUCACAGACAUGGGCAAAACGUUAG